GAUGUAAAAAAUAUCUAACCCCUCCAACAAACCAGUCGAGUCUCCCGUCUGGUUGGCGAAGUCCAAUCGAAUAAACCAACUUCGUCCACCGCCGAUCCCGGUUACCAGUCAAAACCUCCCACCACUGAAUCCAUCCCCCGAUCGUCACUCUCCAUUUCUUGUUCAGAAAGAAAUAAAGACAAGAAUUACUCCUCAAGACAAAAAGCCCACCACGAACCACUAUCUCUCAGUAUAUAUAUAUAUACAAGAAGACGAUGAAGCCUUCCCACUGAAUUCCAUUCGAUACAAAUCGAUUUCUCUCUCUACGAGAUAGAUGAAUGAGAGCGUAGAUACGGAUUCUCCAGCAAAAAUGCAUCUGUACAAUGCCUGGCUUCCGCCUCCGGUCGCGGAGGAGACCAGGAGAGAGAAGGAGUCGUUCGCUCGCGUCGUGAGCUCGGUGAAGGCGUCGUUUCAACCGGACGAUCCCGAAUCCGUCUACUCCACUCUCAAAUGGGUCUCCGUCAUCGACCUUUUCGUAAGAGCAAAAAGUGAAGUAUCUUUAGAAGAUGUAGCUGUCCUUGUGGAGCUGGGGUUAGAACUGUUUCGCAUUUCGCAGAACAAACUUCAUGCGCAGGUUAGAUGGGGAGGUAUCUUGGUGAAGUUGCUGAACAAAUACCGAAAGAAGUUGUCCUUGAAAAUUCAGUGGCGCCCUUUCUAUGAUACAUUGGUCAAUACACACUUUACAAGGAACACAGGCCCAGAAGGGUGGAGAUUGAGACAGAGACAUUUCGAGACUGUUACUUCCCUGGUUCGAUCCUGCCGGAGAUUCUUCCCACCAGGUUCUGCCUCUGAGAUAUGGUCUGAAUUUGGAUCUCUGCUUGAAAAUCCUUGGCAUAACUCGUCCUUUGAAGGUGCUGGGUUCGUGAGACUGUUUCUUCCUACAAACGCUGACAACACCGACUUCUUUUCAGUCAAUUGGAUUAAAGUAUGUAUGGACCAGUGGGAUUCAGUUCCAAAUUGCCAGUUUUGGGACUUUCAAUGGGCGGCUGUUACAGCUCGUGUGAUAAAGAACUGCAACUUUAUCAAUUGGGAAUGUUUCUUGCCUAUGCUUUUCACAAGAUACUUGAAUAUGUUUGAGGUUCCUGUGGCAAAUGGAAAUGGAUCCAACCCGUUUUCUGUGGAUGUUCCCAGAAAUACAAGGUUUUUGUUCUCCAAUAAAGCAGCCACCCCAGCAAAAGCCAUUGCUAAAUCAAUUGUACAUCUGUUAAAACCUGGGAGUUCAGCGCAGCAACACUUUGAGAAAUUGGUCAACCUCUUGGAGCAAUAUUACCAUCCCUCUAAUGGAGGACGGUGGACUUAUUCUUUGGAGCGGUUUCUACAAUAUUUGGUAACGGCAUUCCAUAAACGUUUACAGCAUGAGCAAUGGAAUGAAGAUAACAGUAGGCAGUCUGAGCUCUGUUUAGGACCAUCAGAAAGAGCUUCUUUUGUGAACGUGGUGCUGAAGCUGAUUGAUCGUGGUCAAUACAGCAAAAAUGAACAUCUUUCUGAAACAGUUGCAGCUGCAACUUCUCUGUUGUCUUACAUAGAGCCCUCUUUGGUUCUUCCAUUUUUAGCGUCUCGGUUCCAUAUGGCCUUGGAAACGAUGACAGCCACCCACCAGUUGAAGGCUGCUGUUACGUCAGUUGCAUUUGCAGGCCGCUCACUUUUUCUUACAUCCUUGUCAUCUACUUCAGUAAAACCAGAUGGUGUAGGUGACACUGAUGGGUUCAUUGAUCUUUUGAUGAUUUCAUUGUCCAAUGCGCUACUUGGCAUGGAUGCCAAUGAUCCACCGAAAACCUUGGCAACCAUGCAACUGAUUGGUUCCAUAUUUUCAAAUAUGGCCACGGUCGAAGAUAAUAUGGAUGAGGUUCUAUUAAUGCCCACAAUUCGCUUUUCUGAUUGGCUUGAUGAGUUCUUGUGCCGCCUCUUUUCUUUACUCUUACACUUGGAGCCUAGUAGUGUUCUGAAUGAAGGCCUACAUUCAUCUGGUACAUCAGGAACUUUUCUGGUUGAUGAUGGUCCUUAUUACUUCUGCAUGCUGGAAAUUUUGCUUGGAAGGCUUUCAAAACCCCUCUAUAACCAGGCACUGAGGAAAAUUUCCAAGUUUGUCGACACAAAUAUUCUUCCCGGGGCAAUAGCAGAGGUUGGACUGCUUUGUUGUGCAUGCGUUCAUUCAAAUCCUGAGGAGGCAGUGGUUCACCUUAUCGAACCAAUCUUAAUGUCUGUCAUAUCCUCUUUAAAAGGAACACCCACUACAGGUUUUGGGGGAAGAGGAAUUUCUGAGGCAUCAGCUUCUUCCAAGGUAAAACCCACACUUUCUCCAGCUCUUGAAACGGCAGUUAACUAUCAACUGAAAGUAUUAUCAGUUGCCAUCAGUUACGGAGGUCCUGCCCUUCUCCGUUACAAGGAUCAAUUCAAUGAAGCUAUCAUGUCUGCCUUUGAAUCCCCAUCUUGGAAGGUUAAUGGAGCUGGCGAUCAUGUUCUCCGAUCCCUCCUUGGAAGCCUGGUUCUUUAUUAUCCUGUUGAUCAAUACAAGUGCAUUUCACAUCACCCAGCUGCCGCUGCAUUAGAGGAAUGGAUCAGUUCAAAAGAUGAUUUGGAAGAUAAGCCAUUUGUGGGUCCCAAGUGGCAUGUCCCAAGUGAUGAAGAAAUUCAAUAUGCAAACGAGCUCAUAGAACUGCAUUUUAAAUCAGCUUUAGAUGAUCUUCUGAGAAUAUGUCAGACUAAAAUUCAUUCUGAUCCAGGGGAUGAAAAAGAGCACCUAAAAGUGACUCUUCUGCGGCUGGAUUCUUCAUUACAAGGUGUAUUGUCAUGCUUGCCCGAUUUUAGGCCACCAUCUAGGAACGGGACUGUUGAUGAUCCUGGCCAUAUACCUUUUUUAAUAGCUGGAGCAAGUGGUGCAAGUGUUGGUAGCAUUGAACUGCGGGAAAAAGCAGCUGAGAUCAUACAUGUAGCCUGCAAAUACUUGUUGGAGGAAAAAUCAGAUGACAGUAUCCUAAUGCUGCUUAUCAUUCGUAUCAUGGAUGCCUUGGGAAACUAUGGAGGUUCUGAAUAUGACGAGUGGUCAAAUCACAGGCAGGCUUGGAAAUUGGAAUUUGUUGCUUUAGUAGAACCUCCAAUAAAUUUUAUCGUCUCGUCUCAUUGUAGAGGAAAGAGACGGCCUAGGUGGGCACUUAUUGAUAAAGCAUAUAUGCAUAAUACGUGGAGAUCAUCACAAUCAUCAUAUCAUCUCUUUCGUACAACUGGGAAUGUCUCUCCGUCGGACCAUGCUAUUCUUUUGAUGGAUGAUCUUCUUAACCUCUCUUUGCAUAACUAUGAAACUGUUCGCAGACUUGCGGGAAAGGCCCUCCUGAAAAUGAUAAAGCGAUGGCCUUUGAUGAUUUCAAAGUGUGUGCUCAGCCUUACUGACAACCUACGGAACCCCAACUCACCAGAACAUGCUGUCCUAGGUUCUUGUGCAGUCCUUUCUUCACAAACCGUUCUUAAGCAUCUGAAUAUGGAUUCAAAGUCGUUCUCUUCAUUUAUCAUUGGAAUUCUUUCAAGUUCUCAUCAUGAAUCACUCAAAACUCAGAAAGCAAUCAAUGAGCUUUUUGUCAAAUACAACAUUUAUUUUGGGGGAGUCUCUAGAAGCAUCCUUAGGACGUCAGGCAGCCAUUCAGAUGGGCCAAAUUUUGCAGAUUUGAUCUCACAGAUUGGUUGUAUGAGUUUCGGAUCUACCAACUUGCAUUGGCGGUAUAAUCUGAUGGCUAAUAGAGUUCUGCUAUUGUUGGCGAUGGCAUCUAGGAAUGAUCCAGAUUUAUCUUCAAAUAUACUGAGUGAAACUGCUGGUCACUUCUUAAAGAACUUAAAAAGUCAACUUCCCCAGACGAGAAUCCUUGCAAUCUCUGCGUUAAAUACACUGUUGAAAGAAUCUCCUUAUAAAAUGUCAGCUGCUGAAAGGGAUUCUCAACGAGAUAACAAGUCCUCCCUUGAAGGAGCUUUAAGUCUAAUAUUUCAGGAAGAAGGAUUUUUUAGUGAGACUUUGAACAGUCUUUCUCACGUUCAUAUAAUCACUGAUACUGAAAGCACAGGUUCCCGGGGAAAUCACGGAAGUUCUUCCUUUCAGAGUUUGGCUGACAAAUCUAUUACCCGUUUCUAUUUUGACUUUUCGUCUUCGUGGCCACGUACCCCCAGUUGGAUUUCUUUACUAGGAAGUGAUACUUUUUACUCAAACUUUGCACGUAUAUUUAAGCGGCUAUGCCAAGAAUGUGGCAUGCCGGUUUUAUUGGCACUUAAAAGUGCAUUAGAUGAGUUUUCAAAUGCCAAGGAGCGGUCUAAGCAGUGUGUUGCUGCUGAAGCAUUGGCUGGUGUACUGCAUUCCGAUGUCAUUGGUGUUUUAGAAGAAUGGGAUACCUGGAUGGGGGUUCAGUUGCAGAAUGUAAUUCUUGCUCCAUCAGUGGAAUCUGUACCAGAGUGGGCUGCUUGUAUACGAUACUCUGUUACUGGGAAAGGGAAAUUUGGGAAUAGCAUUCCAGUUCUGAGACAAAAGAUUCUAAACUGUUUGGCUGCCCCUUUACCUCCAAUGGUAACUACAACUGUAGUUGCGAAGCGCUUUGCUUUUCUUUCAGCUGCACUUAUAGAAGUAUCCCCGCCAAGAAUGCCAGUGGCUGAAAUACAGCUUCAUGAGAAACUUCUGGAGGAGUUGUUGGGUACUAUGAGUCAUUCAUCUGCUCAGGUAAGGGAAGCAAUUGGUGUUACCCUAUCUGUUUUGUGCUCAAAUAUUCGGCUUCAUACAACCUUCACUGGUAAUCAUUCGCGCGGCGGUGAUGAAUUCAAAAUUGAAGAGAGAAGUUGGGAUCAGUUUUUAGUAGAACGCGCAUCUGAACUUGUCAUAAGUAUUCAGAAUGCCAGCCAGUCCGACAAAAUGGAGAUCCAAAAAGAUAGAAGUCCAGAUAAUGGGCUAGUGAAUGGCGAGUCACAAGAUGAUGUGAAGUGGAUGGAAACGCUGUUCCAUUUUGUUAUAUCAUCUUUGAAGUCAGGAAGAUCUUCAUAUCUGCUGGAUGUAAUUGUGGGUCUUCUUUAUCCUGUCAUUUCCUUACAGGAAACAUCAAACAAGGAUCUGUCAACCCUUGCCAAGGCAGCCUUUGAGUUGCUAAAAUGGAGGAUUUUGUGGGAACCUCAUCUCCAGAAAGCUGUAUCUGUGAUUCUUUCUUCAGCUAAUGAUUCUAACUGGCGGACUAGAUCUGCAACUUUGACAUUCUUGCGGACGUUUAUGUAUAGGCAUACUUUUAUUCUCUCCGACGUGGAGAAAAAGCAAAUAUGGAAAACCGUCGAGAAGCUCCUUACAGACAAUCAAGUGGAGGUAAGAGAGCAUGCUGCAGCAGUUUUAGCAGGCCUGAUGAAAGGUGGGGAUGAAAACCUAUCUGAAGACUUCCGUGUUAGAGCUUUCAGAGAUGCAAAUUCCAUUCAAAAGAAGAGAAAACAGAGCAGAAAUUUGAGUUCUGGUCAGUCCAUAGCUUCCACACAUGGUGCUGUACUUGCUUUGGCAGCUUGUGUUUUAUCCGUUCCGUAUGAUAUGCCCAGUUGGUUGCCUGAGCAUGUUACAUUGCUGGCUCGUUUCGUGGGAGAGCCAUCACCAGUGAAAUCUACAGUUACAAAAGCAGUUGCAGAGUUCCGGAGGACCCACGCAGAUACAUGGAAUCUCCAAAAAGAUUCAUUUACUGAAGAACAACUUGAGGUUCUGGCUGAUACAUCCUCUUCAUCAUCAUAUUUUGCUUGAUCUACAAUUACACCCCUUUAGGAGAAGGGAUAUUAUAGGAAUAGGAUCAAUCGAAACAUUCAGAACAAGUUAUGUAGCCCUCGAUAAUCAUAGCACAAUCAUUUAUAAAAUGUGUCUUAUCUA